AUCAAAACAAUCAAAAUGUUCAAGCUGCUGGUUGUUGUUUUCGCUGCCCUCUUUGCCGUUGCUCUGGCUGUUCCCGCCCCAGUUGCUCGGGCCAAUCCCGCCCCAGUUCCGAUUGCCAGUCCCGAGCCCGCCCCCCAGUUCUACUAUGGAGCUAGCCCAUACGCCUAUUCCGGCGGAUACUACGCCUCACCAUACUCCUACUACGGCUAAGUGACCAGCAUAAUGCAAUCCAACCAACGACGACGACUCGUGAUAAUGCAUCAGAAUACGGAUUACGGAAUAUGCGCGUGCUGGCAAAUCAAAUUAGUCAUAAGUGCUUUAAAAAACGCAAAAAAAAAAUACAAGAAUUGAACAAAUAAAACGAUGAAGUGCAAAACUAA